AUGUCACAUUUGCCACCAAUAUAUAAUUUAUCUAUAGUUAGUUUAAAUCCAUUAUCAGGUAAAUCAUGUUUAUGUAAACGUUUAAUUGAUUCAAAUAUUGAUAAUUAUCAAUUAUUUUUAUCAAAUAAUAAUAAUAAUUCAAAACUAUUACCAUGGUUUUAUUGGGGUUCAAUAAAACAUCGACGUUUAGAUGAAAAACGUGAAGCUAUAUUUCAUCUUAUUGAACAUUCAUCAAUUGAUAUUGAUGAUAAUGAAACAAUUGAGAAUUAUUUUAAACGUCUAACAAUCUUAACAUUACGUACAGAUGAUAAAAAAACAUUUCCAAAAGAAAAAAUCAUUAUUGAUGGAUUUGUAUGUAUCUAUGAUUUAUCAUUAAAUAAAUCUAUAUCAGAUUUUCUUAUACUUCUACAUACAUUAUUAAAAACACGUCGUUCAAUAAUAAUUGUAACAACAAAAAAUGAUUUACUUACAAAUCAAACAGUAUUAUCACAACAAUUUGAACAAAUAAUACAUAAUUCAUUAUUAAAUAUUCCAAUUAUACAUACAUCAGCACAUGAACAUGUUAAUAUACAAUCUGUACUUGAACUUGCGCUAUAUGCAUGUGAUGAACCAACAAAAAAAUCUUUUCAUUUAAAAUAUAUUCCACCAAAUUAUACGGAUGCUUAUAAAACUGAACAAUCAUUAAAACAUGUUAUACAAACAGAAUAUCGAGCAUUAUUAAAUCGACAUGUACCAGAUUUUCGUAUUGGUUCAUGGGAAAAAUUUUAUGAACGAUGGCAACAUCAUACAUGUGUACAAACAUUUAUUGAUAUGUUUGGUAAACAACAAGCCAAAUGUUUAUAUGAUGAACAUAUAGAAGAAUUACGAAAAAUUUCAAGACAAAAAUUAAUUGAUGAGAGAUUAAUACAAAUUAUUGAAAUGCUUAUAAAUGAUCAGAAAACAAAAUUAUCAAGAAAUUGGGAUUAUGUACGUUUGCAAAUGCAAAAACAUCCUCAUUAUUCAUCAACUGUGAUACCAUCAUCAAUGUGGUCAGAUGCCGAACGUAACAAUACAACAAAUUCUCUUAUCAUUCCCGAUGAUUUACUUGAUACAUCUGAAGCACGUCAACGUUUUGAAUCAUAUAUAAAUAAUCGUCAACUUGAACAAAUACGUCGAACAAAUUGUCGUACAUUUUUUGAUUUAUUAACUCGAUUUUCUGAUGCUGGUCUUGUUCAUUAUGGUGAUUCAUAUGACAAAGAUUGUGUUUAUUUUUUGGGUCGAGAAUGUUAUGAAUCAUUAAAUGGACAUGAUCGUUUACGUGUAUUUGCAAUACAUCAAUCAUAUUUAUAUCGUUUAUUAUGUUUACAAUUUGUUGAAUUAUUAUUUGAAUCCUUGGAAAUUUUUAUAAAUACAUUUGACAAAAUGAAUUUAGCGACAAAUGUUACAAGUGAAAAUAAUUUCAAUAGUAGAAAAAUAACAACCGUUACAAUUGAUGAUAUUUUUCAAAAAGAAAUUAUUCAAGAAAUUAAACAUGAUUCAAGAUAUCAAUCACUAAAUAAACGUGAAACUGAUCGUCAUCGUUUAAUAAUGUGUCAUUGUCAUUUUCUAUAUGAUUGUAUUUAUUAUCCAUCCAUAAAUAUCAAUCGUUUAUUAAAACAACGUCGUCGAUCAUUUAAACGUCGAAAAUCUUCGUCAGUGUCAUUAACUAGUAAUAUGAGUAUUGAUGAUAAUUUUUGUCCAUAUACACGAAAAGUUUAUUCACAUAAUGCUAAUGAUGAAAAUGAAGAAAAUUUAAAGAAAAAAUUCGAAAUUGCUUGUCCAAUGGAAAAUAAUUGUGCGGAUAUACGAAUUAUUAAUGAAAUAUUAUUAAAAUUAAAAUUUAAAAAUAUGAAUAAAAAUAUUGUUAUUUGUGGAAAUGAUGGUGACAUCGAGUAUUACCAACGAAUAUUUUCUAGUGAUUUAUCUGAUAUUCCAAUUAAUUUCUUAACAUUCAAUAAUCUUAAAUCUCAAACAAUUGAUGGUUGUAUUUUUGUUUCAUCGAAUUCUCAAAAGAUUUUACGAGAUAUGAAUAUUCAACGAAAACUUCAUUUAAACAUCGAUCAUAUUCCAAUUCUUAAUCUCUAUUCUCAAUUUAAUAAUAAAUCAAUUUCAAAUGAUGAAUUACGCUCAACAAUUGAACAUUUUCUUUCCAAUGAUGAAUCUCUAAAUAAUAAAAUUGAAAAAUCCAAUCAUAUUCGAAUUCUACUUUGUUUCAUGUGUGGAAGUGAUAAAAAUGAUGUUGAAGUUUUUUUCUCUCAAUUAUCUUCACGUUUUUCUCUUACGAUUACAAAUCAAUCAUCAUUCAUGAUUAAUACAUUUUUUGGUCGAUCAAAUCGAAAAAUUGAAUUAAUUCCUGUUUCAUUUCAUUCAUUAUUCGCAGUUAAAUUAAUUGAUUUCGAUGGAUUUAUUUUAUUUUAUGAUCGAGAUCGAAAAGCAGCUUUCAAUACAAUGAUGUAUUUGGAAAAACAUAUUUCAACGGUAUUACAAAAUGAAUUAAAAGAAAAAGAUAUUGAUAAUGAAAAUACGAAUGGAACAGUUAUUGUACGCCCACCUAUUUAUAUUCUAUCAUGUGUAAAAGAUUCAACAUUAGCAAAUAUUAAAAAAUCUUUUAAUAAUAUUCCACAAAUUGAUUAUUGUAUUCAACGUCAUAGUGGAACAAUAAGAAAUUUUCUUGAAUCACAUUUUUUAUCAUUUCUUAAUCAAUGUUGGACGUGUAAAUAUGGAAAUAUGCUUGAAAAUAAUCAUUAUCAAUAUGAAGAACUUCUUGCUGGUGUGCAAUCUUAUUUCAAUAAUAAUCAUUUUACACAUUCAUCUAUAAAUGAUUUAAUGACAUCUAGUCUUGAACAUACACGUCAACCAUUAAUUAACAGUACAAAUAAUGAUCGAAUUAUUUCGUUAACUCUAUCAAGUAGAUCAAAUGAAAAUUCUCCAAAACGUCAUCAAUCAUUAUUAACUCCAACAAAUCAUGAACCAAUUUUUACUUAUCGAUCAUUUCCAUAUUUAUCAAGUUCAACAAAUGGUGCUGAUUUAACUAUAGUUCCAACAACUCCAGUUGAUCCAUCUAUACCUAAUAUUUCACUUAUAUCAUCUUCAUCAAUAUCUACAAAUUCAAUGCCAGAUAAUCAGCAACAAUAUUUUCAAAAAUCAACCAGUAUGCGUUUUGCUAAAUUAAAAGAACAUCCAACGAAUAGAAAUGCUUAUCAAUCCGCAAUAACUAAAGGAUCUUUAUUAACACGUCAAAAAAUUGCCGAAGUUGAUGAAAUGAAUUUUCAUAUACAUAAAAAUCGAUCUACUGCCAAUGUUAAAGUACCAUUAGCAACACCGGAAAUAAUUGAAUUAAAUGAAAUAACAACUGCACCUUAUUCUAUUCAAGAAUUUGAUGAAACACCAUCUCCUACACUUAAAAAUAGUCGAGAUGAUCUUAUUAAUUCUUCAUCAUCGGUAACGCAUGAUAGUAUUAUUGAUGAAUCAAUAACCGACUCAUCAAAACAAACAAGAGUAACAGAUUCAUCAGUUGAUAGUUCAAGUGAUGAACGGCUGAAAACAUCAUCAACAACAAUCGAAAAUAUUGUUACUUUACAACGUAAAACAUCGGAUAGAAAAAGUAAACGUGUACGUGCUAAACAAAAUGAUCCAGCUGGUUCAGCAUCAAGUAAUGAAAUCUUAAAAAAACUUGGAUCAGAUGAUGAUGUUUUAAAUCGUGAAGAUAAACGUAGUCAAAAAAAGAAACGUCGACCAAGUUUUAGACGACGAAAAAAGAGUAUUUAUGAUCAAACACAAACUGAUUCAGGCAUUGAUUCAAGAAUGGAUUCAAGUAAAGUUAAUAAUACUCCUGAACCAUCAACAAGUAUUGUUAUAUCAAAUGAAGAUGACUCAAGUGUUGGUGAUUGUACAAAAGAUAGCAAAAAUACAUCAAUUGAAGAGUUAGAAGAACGACCAACUGCUAAUUGGAUUCGUCGUCAGUUACAAUAUUUUGCUCAAGCUAGACGCGAAAAAAGUGAAUUAAAAUCUCGUUCUUCAGCUCUUACAACUGUCACAUCCGUCUCUCCUCCAUCACUUUUCAAAUUUACAAUGACAUCAACUCCGUCCCAAACUCAACAAACUACAUUUCCAUUAACAUCUCUUGAAAAUUCUUAUCAUCAUGUUCCUAUACGUUUAGUACUUAGUCGUUGUUUAUUAUCAAAUGUAUUAGGCAUACCAUUAUUUAUUGAAAAAUGUAUCCUGUAUAUUGAAGAACAUGGUUUGUCCACUGAAGGUCUUUAUCGAAUAUCAGGAUAUAAAAAUCAAGUUGAAUUAGUUAUUAAUAAACUUAUACAAGAUCCAAAUUAUGAUUUAAAUUUAUUACAAAUACCAGCAAGUGCUGUUGCAACAGCAUUCAAAGAUAUGAUGAGAAAAUUAAAUGAACCAAUUUUAUCUUUAGAACAAUUUGAUGAUUGUCAAACAUUAACUAUUGAUCAAUUACGUGAACAAAAUUUUAGUCCAUUAAAGAAAGCUUUACUACGAACAAGUGAUCUGAAAUAUCGAACAAAUAAAUUUAUUUUUAAACAUCUUUAUUAUGUGUCACAACAUGCAGGAUUAACUCAUAUGGAUUCAUCAAAUUUAGCUGUAUUAUGGUGGCCAAAUUUAUUACAACCACAAUUUCAUGAUUUACGUACAGCUGAACAAAUUUGUCAGAAAGCAAAACCAUUAAUUCAAACAAUUAUUGAUAAUUAUUCAAUUAUUUUCACUUCUGAUCAAAUAAAUGAGAAGAUUUAA